AAUUUGAAACGAGUUAAGCAGUGUUUAGAAGUGUCUGUGUUUGUAGUAAGUUCGUAUAGCGGGGAAAAAGUCCAACUUUGAGCUGUGAGUUACAAAUAAUUGGACUUUGGACUCCCAUCUGUUUUUCUGUUGAUGAUGGCUUCAUUAGCUGAUGAUGAUUUUUGCUCAGUGGCUGAAGAGAAGUUUGAUUUUGAAGUUUCACUGUCCCCAGCAAGUUCUGAAGGAGAUGAUGUUGAGGAUGAAGUCUUCUUGGGUUCUGUCACACAUAAGGAGAGAUGUGUUUCCCAUGGUGUAGAGACCCACACGAAAGAGAGCUUGAGCAGUGGGCCGUCCUUGGGUGAGGAGCCCAGCUGGAGUCCGCUGCUUGAGGAGAACUUUGAGGAAAUUUGCAAAGAAGCUCAUGUUUUAGUCAGCCACCUUGAGAGAACUCUUUCUGAGCCUGUUGGAAAAGACCUUACAGCUGCUUCCAGUGUGCCUGAAGAUGCGGAAAAGUUUGAGGUGGACACGUCGGCCAAACUGGGCAUGUUCAAGCCAGCUGAUUCACUUAGCCCUAUUAAGAGAGAAACUUUUUGUGUUCAGGACAGCCCCAUGAACCAGCUUCCACCCACCUUCCAGAAACGACUGCAGAAGUCUAGCGGUAUAUCUGGAGGCAAAACACGUCUCGGCACCUCCAGCCCUGUGAGAAUUAGUGAUGCUCGCCCUAAAAUGGCCUCAAGAGGGAAAAGCCUUGUGCCCAGUGGCAGAGUACUACCUAACAAACCCACAGCCACAGGGAACUCUCGAUUGUCAUCUGGCAGUCGACCAGCACUUCAUAGCAAAAAUCGGCUUCCUCCACCCAGCAAAAGUUGUUUUGGCCUGAAGCGGAGUCCUGGUCGUAGAAGCAUCAAUAAAACAGGCUCUGCUGAAGAUCUGCUCUCUGAUACACCUAGUGUAGCCUCUGAUGUGAGUGAUUCUUCCUUCAACACGAGCCUGCCGGUAAAGAGAUGCCUUCCAGCACCUAGCAAGACUGAAUUAAGAGGUGGUGCUCAUCUUCACAAAGUGCCUACACUACCUAAAGGGAGAGGGGUGGACCGAAGCCGGAAUACUUCUUCCUCCUCUUCUUCUGUGUCUAGUAUGAACUCAAGCCUGUCUGUCUCUCCAACUGGCAAACUGAAUUCCUCUCUGAACACCAGCGUGAGUAGUAUCGGUGGCAGCAGGCUUCCCAGUUCCAGCAGCAGGCUUCCCAGUUCCAGCAGCAGGCUUCCCGGUUCCAACCGCAAGUCAGGACUCGUCAGCAAAUCUCUGGAAUAUUCUGGUAGAAGAACAUCCUUCUCCACACAGGGAAGAAAAGGAUCUGAGCCUGUUCCUAGACCAGUCAAGCCCACACCUAUUCGGAGAUCAGGGACUGGACUUUCUGUUCAGUACCACACACCAGCUAAGGGGACUAUGGCGAGGACGACCUCUGUGCCCAGUAUAUCUACACUUGCUGCUAAGCCUGGGAGCACUGUUAAGGUGAACUCCAACUUGAAAGCUUUCAUGGCACAGACUCCAACAAACACGCUGAAAGGAGUGCGAAGAUCUGAAGUUACAUCAUCGCCUGACGUUCCUCAAAUUAUGAAACCAAAAAGACUGAUGUCAGAUUGCAGUGUGGACAGUGUUCCACAGAGACUCGCUCUUCCUGCACUUCAUGGCCUCCAGACACCUUCAAGCGCAACUGAGAAGCCAUCGCAGUCUAGAUUGCGACGCCCGUCUGCCCUGCCUACACCUGUGAACCGCCGUGUAUCUUGCAUCCCCAUGCUGACACCCAAAAGUGUGCCUCGGUUCAACAAAUCGUCCCACACCCCUGAGCCACCAGCUUCCAGCUCAGAGAUUAGUCAUGCUAGCCCAGAGCACCAGCAAGUAGUUGAGCAGGCAGUGCCCAAGGAGGACUCCCCUGACUCGGCCGAGUUUCAGCCCUGCUCCCUGGCCUUUAGUUUGGAGGAUGACUGUGAUGGGCCCACUACUUGUGAGCCUGCAGCAGUGAAGUCUUCCCAACAAUCCCCACAUGAUCUGGAGCCUCAUCUGCCCAACCCAGAAUGUCCGUCGCUUUCAAAGUCUGAGGAAAUUCUGCACAAUCCUCCGAAGGCAGAAACACAGGAGGUGCUGCUGGUGGAUGCACCUGCUCCUACUUUGAAGCCUGAAGAGAAAGUACUCAUCGACCUUUCCAACACCCCUGACCUGAUCAAACCCAUUCCCACUAAGGCUUUUAGUGGACAGCUGAUUGAUUUGAGCUCCCCUCUUAUAAAAUGGAGUCCAGAAGAAAAGAAGGAAAACCCUGUGUUUGAGGCUCCUCCACUCAUUAACUUGUCCUUCUGAAGAACACCCUGCAUUUCCAAGUGAACAAAUCUGAGAAAAAAAUAAACUUGCGAUGACCGUUAUAUGAAAAGGACGUGAGGAUGGCUACUGGGAGAGUAAUAACAACAAUAAUAAUAAUGUGCAUUUUAUUCAUGUGGUUGAUUUUGUAUGUGCUGUGUUUUUUUUUUUUUUUUUUUUUUUUUUUUAUUAUGCUGGAACCUGUCAGUGUUCAGAGUAAUUUUUUUUGUGUGUGAAAGAUUUGUCAUUUGUAAGCCCCUUCCCCCAAUGAAAGAUACGAAUAAAAUAUCUAAACUAUAAA